AUGCCGGGCGUGGAAGUGAUGGGGUCGUCGGAUGAUUUGCAGGCAUUCGAACGGCCACUCAUACGGUCUCACAAGACGCUCCCUCGGCGGGGUGUAAUUGUUCCUAGCAUCGAAGUCAUCCAACCGGCCUCCUCGGAUCAGGAUGGGAAACAUACUGCGACGCCGUCACUUCCCUUGACGCCGCCAGGUGCAGGCCACGAAGAACUUGCGGUGGACGAACGAACACCUCAGAAAAUAAAUUCUUCUUUGUCAGACAUGCCCACAUCUGGGAUGUUGACCCCUCGCCGUCCCUCUAAGCCUCCGACCCCGGAUGUGACGCCUCCUCGAACGAGCUCGGAUCAGCGACCUAGCUUGAACCAAUUUAGUUAUUUCUCCUCGUCAUCUCGAGCCGAUUCAUUUCAAACGGCCUUGGAGAGUAUCUCGCCGGGAGAAGAUAUGGACACACCGGUUAAUGUGUCUCAGACCGCGACCCCGACAACAAAACAAAGGAGGCAGCCAUCAAAGCCACCCGUCUCAAAUGGAUAUCUUUCACACUUUCCAAAUACAAAAGGAUCUCCGCCGUCUGCUUCUCAACAACAUGGCGAAACCGAAUGUGACACUAGAUUCGAGUCUUUUGACGGACAUUGGGCCGCAAACCCGAUCGAUGGGUCGCCAACACCGUUAGUCGGAAAGCGAAAGUCUGCACAGAGCCACACAGAAUUGGUCUAUAACUCAACCCUUGGGAGAGACCUUGAGGGAGAUGCGCUGGAUGUAAAGCACCUGGAUGCGUCUUUGAUGAGAGAAAAAAGUCUGCGGGACCGCGUCAAUGGUGCACAUGAACCCGAAGCACGUACUUCAAUGGAGCGCUUCCGUAAGAAUAUUGGGUCAUCGUCGUCGGAGGGUCUAGCAAAAUCCAGCGUAUUAGACGCCCGUCCUUUGUCGGUCAUCUCCUCGACAUCCACCGUCGAGGCUAUGAUAAUCGAUUCUCCCAAACGAGCCCAGCGAAUGCUCCGGCAUACCGAAAAAAAAGCUCUCUGCGUUCACAAGGCUGCUCGCAUUUCUGAUCAGGAUUUUCGAAGCAGAACACCGGAGACGUCGUUCUCGGCCAAGACUAGCAACAGCGCGAUACAGCCCAAUAUUGAAACUAUCAACGUGGUGGUCAUACCUGAGAGAAGUUCAUCUCUCAAGUCCCGUCCUAACAGUCAUGUUUCUUCCAAACCGGGGUCUCAGCGAUCAAGCCGUCGUCCUCCGACAGCAUCAACGAGCUGCACAGAUAUCCCAGGGCAGAAGAAACGCACCGUGUCUGAUUCAGUGUCGACUCGAUCUCGCGAGAUCGAUUCUAAGGGUUGUCCCAUGGCGCGGCCUGUCAUUCCACCUCGGGCCUCAUCUCUUUCUGCGCCAACGAGUCGGAACAAUUCUCGCACGACAUCUCUCACUUCUAACAGCCUGCGAAGUCGUCCCACGGAGCGUCCCGCCAUUCCACCCCGAAGCUCGUCGCUUUCUGCGCCAACGAGUCGGAACAAUUCCCGUGCGACUUCCCUUACUUCCGACAGUCUACGAAGCCAUAAUUUAGCCAUGAACCUCGAGAUCCAAAAGAGUCGUGAGCAUCAGCCGGUGUCUCCGCCUCGCCACAACGUUUUGGCAUCGGCUGACCGCCGUAGCCUACUCGAGGCUCCCAAUAUGCACGCCCUCUUUGCUAGCUCCGAUGAUAUGGCGACCCUGCGCCCUCCCUCUUUACCUUUCACCCAAGGCUCGAUUCCAUCGUCUUCGCCGGGCCCUAUCGAAAUCCAAGAGGCUACAGCCGUCAGUUUGUUCGCACACAACAAUCGAUCACUACUGCUUGUUGACCCUCGGGUACAGACCUACUCGAGGGACCCUUUCCAAGCGCUUGGAAUUUCUUAUGAUUUUCCCCAACCGCCUCGCACACCCGACAAACCACCACAAAUCGCAACAGUCAAUGUCGACUCGCCUUUAAAGAACCCUCGCCCUCCGCCCAAGCCCCCAUCCGCCAAACCUCUUCCCGCGCUUCCAUUGCAUGAAGCCCAAGAUGAAAACAAAGGCCUCGGUCGACGAUGGAGUUCCGUCCGUCGUACCUGGGGCGCACGCCCUCGGUCGGAUUCCUUCAACAAUAUAGCGAGGUCAUUCUCCAUGAAAUCGGCGAAGAACCGAACCGCCGGAAUGGAAAUGGACAGUCGUCUUUAUCCGUUUUGGCGACCCCGCGGGUUCUGGGAAGACGUACCCGAGUCCCCAGAGAAAGAAACCUCGCCGACGCGGCAAUAUUUGCCACGCCCCGAUGAAUCCUUGAUUGUAAACAACUCUCUAGGCCUGCCCCAGCGGCGUAUCAUCUUCGAUGGCCCGCCGGCCCUGGCGCGCCGCAGCCCAGAAAUGAGACGCUUGUUCAAUGGAAUGACCAGCAACGGUAGCUUGGUUGAUCAAGGCAUGUUCCGAACAGGAUCCCCAUUAAACCGGAGUCGCUUCCGGUCUCUCUCUCGCUGGGGACUGCGGCUCCAGUCGAUGUCAUGGCGUAAUGUGCGGAAUCGUCUCCGACGUGUACGCCAGCGACGAGACGAGCGAAAACGGGCUGUCCGGAGGGAGGCCCUCAAGCAGAGCAUUGGUGGCCCUGUCUACGUGGCAUCUAGUGCUACUGCUGAGGUGGCUAUGAGAUGA